AUGCUUUCACACUUUCUCAUACAAAACCAACAACCACAAGAAAAGCACAAAGCCUUAAAAACUCCUAUUAAUUCCCUUCACUUCUAUCACUUACCAGAAAACACACAACUAAAAAACACUACUUCUCUUGAAAUCUAUACUUAUCGAUCUUUGAUCUUUCGAAAAAGAGUGAAAAUGAGGACUAAUGUUAGUUUCCAACAGGCACUAACUGUUGAAUCUUCAAGUAUAGUGAAACAAGCUUUGAGCUUAGCUAAAAGAAGAGGACAUUCACAUGUAACUCCUCUUCAUGUAGCAAGUGCAAUGUUAGUUUCCUCUUCGUCUACGCUUUUAAGAAAAGCUUGUUUUCAAACAAAUUCUCAUCCAAUUCAGUACAAAGCUCUUGAACUUUGCUUCAAUGUAGCACUCAAUAGGCUUCCUACCUCUGCAUCUAAUCCGAUUCUCGAGCCUCAUGUUCACCCUCCUUUUCUUUCUAAUGCCUUAGUUGCUGCAUUUAAGAGGGCACAAGCUUAUCAACGUCGCGGUUCAGUAGAGAAUCAGCAACAACAACAGCACCUCAAAGUAGAAAUUGACCAGCUUGUUAUAUCAAUUCUUGAUGAUCCUAGUGUUAGCAGAGUUAUGAGUGAAGCUGGUUUUUCUAGCAUCCAACUAAAAACCAAUGUAGAACACGCUAUUUCUUCCGAAAAUAGCACUAAACCGAUGGUCAUAGCAUCAGGAAACAACCUCAAGUUGUCACUAUGCAAAUCAGGUGAUGAUCCAAGUGUUAGCCGAGUCAUGAGGGAAGCCGGUUUUUCUAGCAUCCAACUAAAAACCAAUGUAGAACACGCUAUUUCUUCGGAGAUUUCUUGGAAAAAUAGCUCAAAAUUGAUGGUUAUACCACCAGGAGAUAACCUUAAACUGUCACUAGGCAAAUCAAGUGAUGAUCAAAUCAAGAAUGAUGAUGUGAUGAGUGUUAUAGAAGCAAUGAUGAACAAGAAAAGGAGAAACACAGUUAUUGUAGCAGAGUGUUUAGCUAAUGCUGAAGGGGUUGUUAGAGGAGUUGUUGAUAAGUUCGAUAAAGGAGAAGUAUCAUCACACAUGAAACAUGUUCAGUUCAUAAGUGUUCCACUUUCUACACUGAGAAAUGUCUCGAAAGAAGAAUUCGAGGCCAAGAUUAGAGAGCUAAGGAUUUUACUAAAAAGUUGUAUACACAGAGGGGUUGUUUUAUAUUUAGGUGAUCUUGAAUGGAUAUCUGAGUUUUGGACUAAAGUACACAAUGAGCAAAAAAACAACUACAUGAUAUUGGAGCUUAGUCGAUUGUUAUGUGGCGAAAUGAGUGAAAACGGAAGGCUAUGGCUUAUGGGAAUUGCUAGUUUUCCAACUUAUACGAAAUGUAAAACUGGCUGUCCUUCUCUACGGACUCUUUGGGAUCUUCAUCCUCUUACACUCCCGGUUGUCAGCUUGGAUCUCAACCUUAACCUCGAAAGUUCUGUCCACAAACAUGAUCAUAACUUUAUAGACAAAGGCUUGUUUAGUCCAUCUUCAUCUUCUCCUUGUUCCUCUACUUCGAUUUCUUCUUCAUCGAAGAAAGAACAUCAAUUCUUGAAUACAAAGCCUGAACUUCUAUCGAAUCCCAAUUCGAUUCCUAAUUCAGCUUCAUCAAGUGAAGCAAGUGGACAUAUUGAGCACUUAGAGCUAUGUUGCUCUGACUCUCCAGAAAUGUUGUUGCACUCGUGUCAGAUCCUUCAGAAAUGCACGCACUCAUCAACAUUUUUGAACAGUUCGAGCAACGUAAAGAUUCUUUGCAAGGCAUUGGAGAAAGUAGUUCCAUGGCAAAAAGAUAUCAUUCAUGAUAUAGUAAGCACAAUUCUUGAACGUAGACACAAAAAGGAAGAAACUUGGCUUUUGUUCUUAGGUGUUGAUUCUCAUGGCAAAGAGAAAAUUUCAAAAGAGUUAGCUAAAAUAAUCUUUGGCUCUCAAGAUUGUUUCAUUUCCAUUGGAUUAAGUACAUUUUCAUCAUCAACAAGAACAGAUUCAACUGAUCAAGAAGUCAAUAACAAAAGAUCUCGAGACGAGCAAGGUCGGAGUUAUCUUGAGAGAUUUACAAAUGCAAUUCAAGAAAAUCCAAGGAGAGUGUUCUUCAUGGAAGAUAUGGAUCAAGUUGAUUCUUUUUCACAAAAGGGUAUUCAAAAAGCUAUUGAAAGUGGAAAAUUAACACUUCCUAAUGGUGAUUUAGUGUUAAUUAAAGAUUCUAUAAUCAUUUUCAGCUGUGAAGAGUACUUUAGUUCAAUUUCAAGAACAUGUUUUCCUACAAAUAUUCAGAAAUUUAGUGAAGAAAAUAAUGCUUCAUUGGAUUUGAAUAUUGCCAUUGGAGAAAAUAGGGAUGAAAAACAAAUUAUGUUGAAGAUUUGA